CCUAGUGCCUUGUUUGAAAACAAUCCUGUUGUGGGUUACAUCGAUGUAGGUAUAUCCGCUCUAAUUUUUAUUAUAAAAAAUAUAAGCCCUAAUCAUGUCCGGUGAAGAAAAUAAAACGGUUACUGAAAUGAUCAAUAAAUUAGGCUUGUCUGAACAUGAGCAGUUACUACCGAAAGCAACCGAAUUACUGCGAUUGCUGCAGCUGAAGCCUACCGGAAGUACCGUCAAUUUGGGUGCCUAUGAUAAGGUCGUCAUUUGCAUUGAUUUGGCCGCCAAUCUACUAGGUGUUCCAUUCGAUAAUGAAAUUGCUUUGAAGCUCUGCAGCAUAAAGAAGUCCGCCUACGCCAAUGGCAAAAGGACUCUGGAGAAAAUCCUUGAUAUUAGCAAAGUCAUUGGUAUAAACGAAAUUUGCGUUCAGCUGGGACUUAACCAGGUUCAGAAAGAGGCUCUUACUAUGCUGGAAAACUACAGAUGUUAUGCGGGAACAGUCCAGAGCAAUGUGGACUUUAGUCAUCCCCAAUAUGCGACCAUGGCCGUUUUCCAAGCUUGCAAGAAGAUGAAGGUGAAACCCCCCAAGGUGAAACUAGUUAAGCUUAGUCACUUGAAGCCGACCCAAUGGGCAAUGAUGGAGAAGACUUGGUACAAUUUCCUUACCCAGACCAAACAACAUUCCGCAUCUGCUACGACGUCUAAAAUCGACGAGGAAACAGAAUCUCACCGGAGUGUAGUUCGGGAAGGAAUGGAAGAGGCGACGGCCGAUACACGUACAAUCGGGGUAAAACGUAGUUCACCGGAAAAGACGGAACCCUACGAGAACUGGAAGAAACGAAUGUUGGAAAAGGCGUUCCGGGAGCUGAAGGCACUGCAACAGGGGCGAUAGGAACAUGUGUUGCUUCCAUUGAAUCACAAUGAAUUUCAAUCACAAAUAACGUUUAAUAUAAGGAUCUGUAAUAUA